ACGUUGAGUUAGAAGGGAAGAGAAAGGCUGCUGUCAGUACAAUUGAACCGAUAUACGCGAAACGCGUGAAAACGUUUCACGUCAACACCAUCAUGUAUCCGGAUCAGGGUGAUAUCUACUAUUAUGUAGACCAGACGAAGCCAAUACAGGUCCUGAUUAACCAUAUCAAGAAUGGUCAAUACAUCAGGAUGUUUGGACCGCGUGCCUCAGGCAAAUCCAGCCGGGUUAUGCUAGCUAAAAAAGUCCUGGAAUCUCUAGGCUACACGUGUCUUUACAUAAGUCUUGAAUAUGUUAUCUUCAAUGAUAUAUCAUCUUUCUAUUCUGGUCUUGGUUAUAAACUCGGCAUAGCUACCAUCAAGGAUGGCAAGACGUUUGGUGAUGCUUUUAUGAAAAUCAAUCCUUCCACAGGCAAAAAACAAUGGAAUCAGCCAGUGGUUUUUUUUAUGGACGAAUUUGACAUAAUUCAUGAUGAUAAGUUUCGCGAUCUUUGCAACGAGUUUUUGCGGAUAAUUCGUGGGAUGAAAAAUGACCGCGACAAAUUUAUCAUAAAUUCGUUUGUCUCCAUUGGCACUUUUGCCAUUAUGACACUAAACCAGCCAAAUACACUGUUGUCACCCUUCAACGCGACUGAAAAUCUCAGCAUAUCGAGCUUUACUAAGGAACAAGCCUGGAAUCUUUUCAAGGAGUUUGCAAACGAUCGGCAAUUGGCUUUUGAGAAUGGGAUCAUCGACGACAUUUAUAUGCAGACUAGCGGGCAUGCUGGUCUAAUAUGUCUUUGUGGUCGAGCAAUUGAUGUUGAUGUCCGUCCUUCUGCUCAUUCUGGCAAUGCAGUAUUUACAAUCAGUUUUGCUUCUUGGCAGCGAUAUGUUGUCAGGUCAUUGUUGGACAUGAUUGAGAAGUAUGCAACAUUCAACAGAAUGAUAAGAACACUGAGAGACCCAAGCAAACGUAACAUAAUGAACUAUCUACGACGGGAGUUUUUGUCGACUCUUGACCCCAUCAAUGUGGUUGAUAUUGAGAAAGUCACGUGGUGUGAAUUUCUUGCUGCGGAAGGAGUCUUGGUGCCUCUCAGGACAAACGAGAAUAUAUACAUGAUGGCAUCGCCACUUUUGUGCUCUCUGAUCCUGCGGUUCGUUACAUCUGAGAUACAUAAGAUCCCCCUUGUGGAGCCUCAAAAGCGAGACGAUGAGAGUAUCAACUGGCUUGAGGCAUUGAAAGAGGCUGUUCGUGCCUUUGAAAAGGACUACAUCGAAGCAGCAUCCGAUUGUUCAUACAAAACAGCACGUGUAAAAGUUAAUGGGAAAUUGCGUCAGCUUGUUCCUCGUGAGUCUGUAUACCAACAGGAGUUAGCCAAUGUCUUCAUAAAGUGGCUUUCGGCACAAAACUAUCAGGUCGUAAGCCAAUACCAUACUCGGGGGCAACUGAACGAAAACAUGUAUGCUGAUUUGGUAAUUUCAGAGCCUAUGUCACAAGCAAAAAGGAGACUGGAAAACUUGCGAGAAGAGGUUCCUCAAGAGCAGGCACUGGCUGGUUUAAUGCAGACAUCGGGACCGCAAACAUGUUCACAAGCAACUUCAGUCACUGAUGAUGUGGAGGUGGUUCGACAGGCAACAAUCUUGGAAAUUCUAGCUACAUCAACCAGAAGCGAUUUGAAAGAGCAUUUUCAUUGGACUCAAGAAUAUGCAAAAUCACUCAAAAAAGAGUUAGUACUUCGUGAUGUUUGGAUAGUUCACUUUACACAAGAGGAUAAUGCCAUAAUGGAACCCCAGUGGCCAUCAGAAGAGCAGCAGGCGAACCUGAACACAGUUGUCUUCUGGCACAACAGGGACUUCACAGAAGUCCACAUGAGUGCUUUCUGGAAGGAGUAUGAGAAUGAUGAUAUGCAUGAGAUAAUUGAUGAAGUAGUGUGCAAUAAUAACUAUUCUGCUGACUGA